AUGUUAUUCAGUUAUUUAUUCCUAAUAACUCUUUUAUUUCAAAAACUUGCUCUGGCGUCAAAAGAUGCCGCUAUCAAUGGUUGCCCCAACUUAGAUUUUACGUGGCACGCGAAAAUUCAAAAUAUUAUGCCUUAUACCAUGGACAUCACUGAUGUCAAUUUGGUGAAAGACAAUCUAUUCGAAAUCACUAUUCAUGUUGUAGGUCAAAAACAAAUUCCUUUAAAAUACCUGUAUUCUUUGAAAGUUAUCGGAAUCAAUGGCCCCAAAAGUACUGUUCAAUUGUAUGGUAAGAAUGAAAAUACUUAUUUAAUCAAUAAUCCAACUGAUUUUACAGUAACUUUCCAAGUAUAUGCUACAUUGUCUAAUUGUCAAUGGUGGUUGCCAAACUUUCAAAUUCAAUUCGAAUAUUUACAAGGUGCCGCUGCUCAAUACUGGUUAACAUGGAUUUGGGGUACGACAAGUUUUGAUUUAAGUACUGGUUGUAAUAAUUAUGAUAAUCGAGGCCAUUCUCAAACCGAUUUCCCAGGUUUUUACUGGACCGUUGGGUUACCAUCUAGUUGUAACCCCAAGCCUAUUGAAUCAUCUGCCGAACCAAGUUCUGUUGCCCCAUCUGUUGCUCCAAGUUCCGUAGCUCCAUCUGUUGAACCAUCUAUUGCUCCAAGUUCUGUUGAACCAUCUGUAGCUCCAAGUUCUGUUGCUUCAAGUUCCGUUAUUCCAAGGUCUGUCGCUCCAAGCUCUGUUGAACCAUCUGUCGCUCCAAGCUCUGUUGAACCAUCUGUCGCUCCAAGCUCUGUUGAACCAUCUGUAGCUCCAAGCUCCGUUGCUCCAAGUUCUGUAGCUCCAAGCUCUGUAGCUCCAAGCUCCGUUGCUCCAAGCUCCGUUGCUCCAAGUUCUGUAGCUCCAAGCUCUGUAGCUCCAAGCUCCGUUGCUCCAAGCUCUGUAGCUCCAAGCUCCGUUGCUCCAAGUUCUGUAGCUCCAAGCUCUGUAGCUCCAAGCUCUGUUGAACCAUCGGUUGCUCCAAGUUCUGUUGCUCCAUCAGUUGCUCCAAGCUCAGUUGCUCCAUCAGUUGCUCCAAGCUCCGUUGAACCAUCGGUUGCUCCAAGUUCUGUAGCUCCAAGCUCUGUUGAACCAUCUAUUGCUCCAAGUUCUGUAGCUCCAAGCUCCGUUGAACCAUCGGUUGCUCCA